AUGAAGCGGCCGCGCCCGGACGCAAACAUGGCCGAGGUUGGGCACCCCGAAGUCGAGUACGCGCUGCAGCUGCACGCAUCGCACCUUCGCGCCACCAAGUCCAAGCGACCGCCGGCCAAGAGUAUGCCCCGCCAGGUCAAGGAGCAUCAUCUGCGCGUGGCCAACGACAGCGUCCACGUCUCGUUUCCCAAGGCGCCGCGCUUCCGAGGUCGGCUUCCGGACGCAGGCAGCGCGAAGCGGCAACGCAGCCAGAUUCACGCUGGCAUCUACGUACUCCGCAACACGCGCACGGGCCACGCCUUCUUCGGCUCGACGUGGGAUCUGGAGAAUGCCAAGAGCCAAAACUACCAAGACCUUCUCGACGGCAAGCACGUCAAUAGAGCCAUGACUCGCUCGAUGCGCGCCUACGGCGACCGCGACAUUGCCUUUCAGAUCCUCCAGACCAUCCCCACGGGCAAAGAGAUCCAGUUCCGAGAGCUCGAAGAGGCGCUGGCCCAGCGUCUGCAGUUUUACGUGGCGCGGGCACAGCGCACGCACGCGCGGCGCCUCUUCCGACGGUGGCAGCAUGGGUACUUGCGCUACGCGCUGCCUCUCUGGUGUGCCUUUGUGACCGCGCGCAGAUCGAUCGAGGCGAUGGCCGCGGCGCUCGAGAUUCAGCGAGCGUGGCACGGUCGGCGUGGGCGACGAGCGGCCAACGCGCGUCGCCGAUUCGUCGCGGCUCGGCGGUUGCAAGGCGUUGCGCGCGUCUUCCUCUCGCGUCGAGCGCUUCUGCAACUGCGUCAUGACCGCGCAUCACGGACCCUCCAGCACGCGGCCCGAGGCUUUGUCCACUACAGUAGAUUCCAGCGCUAUCGGCGGUCCAAGACAGCGGCCGUGCUGCUUCAGCGCGUUUGGCGCGGCCACGCGGGGCGCCGGAGAGCGCAAGCGAUGCGCUUGCACCGGAAGCGGACUGCCGCCGCCCACGUUUUGCAGCGAAGUCUUCGGCGUUUGGCGGCCUCGUGCCGCUGGGCCGCUCGCCGCCGGCAUGAGCGCGAGACCAUCGGUGCGCUCCAACUGCAGCGUCUGUGGCGUGGCGUCAUUGGGCGUCGGCGCGCCGCCAUCGACAGCGACAACCGGACGCAAUUUCGCCGCUUGCAUCGCGCGGCGGCUGCGAUCCAGGCAGCGUACUUCGCCUACCACGUGAAAAAGUUUCAGUUUGUAGCAAAGUCCGUUUUGCAGCGCAAGCGCAGCGCGCUCCAGCUCUCGGUCUACUGGCGCAACUUUGUCGCGCGCAAGUUUGGCUGGGCGGCACUGCAAAUCCAUUUGGAGCACAAGACGGCGACACACCUCCAACGCUGGCUUCUACGUGCGUCGAACCAACGGCGCAUUCGCCGCGGCUGUCUGCAGUGCAAGCGGACGCGCCGCGCGAUUGUCUUGCAGCGCUACACACGCGGGUACCUCGCUCGCCACGUGCUCGUACCCGCUGCCAAGCACCGCGCGGCGCUGAGACUCGCCGCCAAUAACAUCGGGCGGUGGUAUCGCCGUCUCAAGUGGGCGCGACUCGUCUCCUUUGUCCUCCGCACGCGCGCUGCGACACGCAUUCAAGCAACGUUCCGGGCGUUCUGCGUCUAUCGGCGUUUCCAGGCGGGCAAGGUCGAGUGGCGCCAAGCCCGCGCCGCCGUCAAAAUUCAAUGUCAAUUUCGCAUCUACCGCGCCAAAAUGCUCUUUCCGCCAACGCCUCGACGUGCUUCGCGCCGGCGCCUGCGACGACUCUGCGAGAGUUGCUAUGCCACAAUCGCCGACGUCACGGGGCUUCUCGUGCGAGACGUCAUACCCAUCGAGGUCUAUCGGCACCAGCGCAGAAUGGCCACCAAAAUUGCAGCCGCGUACAAGGGCUACGCGCUGCGCCUCUUGCGCCACACGCCAGUCUGCGAUGUGUGCAGCACCCGCGCCGAAGCGCGCAUCUGCCUCGAGUGCCCACGCACGGCGUGUCACUCGUGCAUGGCGACGAUCCACGCGCUGCCGUACAAUGCAAAUCACACUGGCUGGCGCUUUGCCGACCAUACGCGGCGCACGGCCGCGGCCACGGCGCUCCAAGCACGGGUACGGUGCUUUCUGCAGCGAGCGACGCUUCAAGGACGCCGCGACGCCAAGCGCUGCGCGGCUGCUACCACGCUGCAAGGGUGGUGGCGCGCACGCUACUCGCGCCACCUCGCGCGGCUGCUGCAUGCAGAAAAGGUCGCCCACGACGCCUUGUGCGCAGCCGCUGCGAGCACGAUCCAGCGCGUCUACCGGGGCCUGCACGGGCGCCGCCACGCCGCCUGCCGACGCCAGCAAAUCGCCGAGCAGCGCCGCUUUGAUUGCGCCGUCGUCACCGUGCAAGCCCACAUGCGCGGGGCCUUGGCGCGUCGCCGCGUCAACGCCGAAAUGGCCCAGCGCCAAGCGGAACACCAAGCGACCGCGGCAUUGGCGAUUCAGUGUGCUUUUCGCCAGCACCUCGCCCGACGCCAGAGUUGCCACCGGCGCCGCUUCCUGGCCGCGCGGCGGAUCCAGUGCAUGGCGCGCGUCUACUUGGCCAAAGGCGCGCUUCUCGCCUUGCAGCUCGAGUACGAGCGCCAAGUUCAAUUGGCGAUCGAGCAAGUCAAGCAUCGAAGAAAGGUGCGCAACGUCACGCGUAUCCAAGCCUUGUACCGCCAGCGCCGGGACUUUCGCCGCGCCGUCGCUGCGCGGCUCGCCAAAGCCCGCGACGCCCGGCGCCACUGGGAGCGUGUGUGCCAGUUUGUCGAAGCCCGCUGCGCACGCAUGCUCCAGCGCACGUACCGACGUCGGUACGCACUUUUAUGCCGCAUGGCGACGCGGCUGCAGGGCCUCGUCCGACGUCACAACGCCCGGCGUGACGCAGCGAUUCGGCACGCCAAGGUCUGCGCCGUGCGGCGUGAGACGGCGGCCGUCACGCUGCAGUGCUUUGGUCGGUGCAUUAUAGCGAGGCGGAUAAUCACUGCACUGCGCUUGGCAGCGGCACCGCUUGCACGCGACGCAUGGACCGCCUGCGUGGAUGCAAGCAGCGGGUACACGUACUACUACAACGUGGAGACGGCCGAGACGCGCUGGGACUGCCCGAAUGAGAUGAACAGCAACAACGACAGCGCGCCUGUGGAGAAGGUCAAGACGGACGACAAGGGCGGCGUCGAUCCGGCGACCGGCGACUGGGUCGAGUGCUGGGACGAGACGUACAGCGCCUACUACUACGUCCACUCGGUGACCGGCGAGACGUCGUGGGAAGCGCCGACGACGUCCCAAUCGGCGUACGACUGGUACCAUGACGAGAACGGACACGUUGUCUACUACACACCCGCCGCCGCCGACGACAACCAAGCGACUGCAUAA